AACUUGGAUCUCAUGCCUAAGGAGGCCCAGACUGUCAAUGUGGGUGAAUCUGAUGGUUGGCUUAACAUCGGACAAUACAGUGUCUUCGCCUGGAGUGUUUCUGGAGUAGAAAGCUGUAUUGUGAUCAAGUCAGAAGAUGUCCAUAUUGUUUUUGAUAUGGGUGUUGCUGUUCCAGAGAGCGUUCGAGGCAUGAAUGUUUUCAUUACGCAUGGUCAUGUGGAUCACAUUGGAGCUGUGGCGAAUCAUGUGUCGAAACGAGGCUUGAAUGGAAUGAAACCAGCUCGUUAUUUUGUUCCUCCCCACUUAGUGGAUAACCUGAAGUCAGUCACGAAAGCUCAUUAUGAAAUGGCUGAGACUGUGGAAGCUCUUGAGAAUGUAAAGGUUCUACCGUUUGCAGAGGGGGAUUGUGUAAGGCUCAACAGCAGGUUCUUUGUAAAAACUUUCCCGACUGUGCAUCGGAUCUGCAGUCAGGGUUACAUUGUGUACAAGGAAGAGAAGAGGCUCAAAGAGGAAUACAGGGGAAUGGAAGGCUUUGAGGUGGCAGCUCUUCACCGGGAGGGUAGAGAGAUCCAUGAAGUCAGCAUUACUCCUGAGAUUGCAUAUACAGGUGACACAGUUUUUGAUAUUUUCCUGAAUCCUCCAAAUCCAGAUCUGCUGAAGGUUAAGUUACUGAUAACAGAAGCAACUUUCCUUGAUGAUGAAAUAGGUAAGAACAUGGUCCAGAAAGCGAGAGACAGAGGUCACACUCACUUGUGUGAAAUUGCGCAAAACGCAGAGCUCUUUGAGGACGUUGAACAUAUUGUCCUGGUCCAUUUCUCCAACAAGUACCCUCCCAAGUACAUCAGUGACUGCAUCCGGGACAAACUGCCUCUCUCAUUGAGGAACAAGGUCACUCCUGGGACUGUUGCAAAAGCCACCAAGGCUACAUGUCAGUUAUGAUGAAUACAGCUUUUAGCAUUUUUUAAUAACGUUAUAAAUGAUUUUAUGAAGUUGUUAAAGAUAGUAGAUCAAAGUGGUCUUCAUAUGAUCGUUUGUCGGACAAUCUUAAGCCGGUGGUUGGAGGGCAGCACAGUAUGAUCCUACCUCUUUUGUCUUGCUUUUUCCCCAGCGCUAAAUGACCAUUUUUGUGUAGAGAUGUGCUUCUUUUUAUUCAAAAGCUCCAGUGGGAUGCUGUAAUAUAUACUUUCAUUGGACUCUAAAGAAUAUAAGGAGCAUCCAUUAUUACCCGUUUUUGCAGGAUUUCCAGUUUAGAUUGUUCUAAACUGACUUGUUGGUGUACAGGCAUCUGUGGUAUAGCGGUUAGGCGCAUCACUGUUGCUCACCGAGGAUGUGAAUUUGAUUCCUGUGUGGAGGUUGUUUUUUUUAUCGAGUAUAUCGAUCUACGGUCUGCUGGGGCAUUUCCCUCUCAGCGCAAGUUGGUCUUGACAAUGACAUGCAAGGUCAAAGCAACCUACAUCUUAAUUGAUCUUUAUUUGUACAUUACCGAUCUGACGAGAGUAAUCCAUACGAAACCUGGUGGUCCGUUUGGAAAAGAACACGUGGGAACCUUUGAAACGUUUGCUAAGUGACUUCUAAGAUGUGGCUGUCAUUUCGUGUUAGCUACGGAGUGGUCUGAAGAAAGUUGAGUCAAAAUUGAUCUGAAUUGUGUUGUUGCAGUGUAAAACUUCUACAAUUACUUUUUACCUACUGGUUUAUGUACGUCCCUUGGAUUGAAAGGUCCAAGAUAUCUCCACAUUGUGUAGGGAGAUGUUAAUUUUGGAAUAUGUUUUCCUUUUGUGCAAGUUAUGACUUAGGGGUCAGACUGAUAUUAAUAUUAAUUUGUGUUCGGAUUUGAUUGUUCUUGUGAUUUUUAACUCUUAAAUUUGUUUUUAGGUUGGCUAUUUUUUUUUUUUCAAACUAAAAUGGGGCAGGGUUUUUUUGUUGUUUAAAAAAAAAUCCUUAUUCUUUCUUUGCAUACUCAGAGUUUGUUUAGGAGGUGGAAUUUUCAAA